UCCUGCCUCUUCCCUGCUUUCCUUCCUCCAGCCUCUCCACUCUGCUCUCGGGAGCAACGGAGCUUGUUUUCCCCUUCUGAUGGCCCCACCUCGCUUGGGGUUUGUGCUCCUCCUGGCUUGCUGCUUCUCCUGCUCCGAAACACAGCUCCUGGACUGGGUUUGGGACAGCAUGAAGAUCACAGGAAGCCCAGCAGUACCCGGUGAGGGAAUCCCGGCGUCGCCGCCAACCUCAGCAGCGGCUCCGGCUCCCAGCCCAUCCCCAGGGAUGUGGGGUGGUGAGGUGGCAGGAAAUGUCACCACCCCACGGCAGCAGGAGCCAGAUCCUGCUACAGCAACACCUGUGGGUGAGGGAGCCGCAGCCAAAACCACAGAGCAGUGGGACAGGAAUGCCACAGGGCUGGUGGAGAGCACGGCGUGGCCAAGCAUUGCUCCUCUCCACAGCAUGUCACCUGCCCCAGGACAGCAGGUGGCCAGCAGCCCCACCAAUGACCCCCAGCUCCUGGGGACAGGGACCCACAAGGACCCCCAGCUGCCAGCGUCAGGGACCACUGAGGACCUGCAGCUCCGGGGCUCAGGGAACAGUGAGGACCCUCAGCUCCUGGGGUCAGAGACCUCUAAGGACCCCCAGCUCUUGUGGUCAGGGAUGACCGAGGACCUGCAGCUCCGUGAGACAGGGACCACUGAGCACCUGCUACUCCUGAGGAUGAGUACCAUCGAAGACGCCCAGUUCCUGGGGUCAGUGAUCCCCAAGGAUCCACAAGUCUUGGGGACAGGGACUACUGAGGACCUGAAGCUGCUGGGAUCAGGGACCACUGAGAACCCACAGCUUCUGAGGAUGGGAACCACUGAGGACCUGCAGCUGCUGGGGUUGGGCACCACUGAGGACCCACAGCUCCUAGGGAUGAUGAGUACCACAGACCUGCAUCUCCUGGUGACAGGGAGCACCAAGGACCCACAGCUCCUGGGGACAGGCAUCACUGAGGACUCACAGCCCUUGGGUACGGGGACCACUGAGGACCCACAGCUCUUGGGGACAAGGACCACCAAGGUCCCACAGCUCCCAGACAUGAGGACCACUGAGAAUCUGCAGUUCCUGGUGAUGAGGAACACUGAACUCCUGAGGACAGUGACCACCGAGAGCCCAGAGCUCCUGGAGAACACGGAGAACCCACAGUUUCUGAGGACGGUGACCACCGAGAACCCAAAGUUCCUGGGGACGGGAACUCCUACAGCAAUGGAGACACGGGUGUCCUUGCAGAGACCAGCGGGUCUCCAGCCAGAGAGCCUGAGUGCUGAGAUCAGUCUGCUGGAGCUGAUUGGGGACCCACCAACGGAGGAGAUCCACAGAAUUUAUGGCCCCGACAACAACCCUGGCUACGUCUUUGGUCCCAACGCCAACACGGGCCAGGUGGCCCGGUACCACCUGCCAAGCCCCUUCUACCGGGACUUCUCGCUGCUCUUCCACAUCCAGCCCACCACGCCCCGGGCCGGCGUGCUCUUUGCUGUCACGGACUCCUCGCAAAGCAUCAUCUACGUGGGCGUCAAGCUCUCAGAGCUGCGUGCGGGCCAGCAGCAGAUCAUCUUCUACUACACGGAGCCGGGCUCGCCCAGCUCCUACCCAGCUGCCACCUUCACCGUGCCCACUCUGCUCAACCAGUGGACGCGCUUCGCCAUCAGCGUGGAGGAGGAGGAAGUUGUCCUCUACCUGGACUGUGAGGAGCACGAGCGUGUCCGCUUCGAGCGCUCCCCGGAUGAGAUGGAGUUGGAAGAGGGCUCCGGGCUCUUUGUUGCUCAGGCUGGAGGGGCUGACCCGGAUAAAUACCAGGGGGUGAUUGCAGAUUUGAAGCUCCGAGGGGACCCUCGGGCAGCCGAGCGCCAGUGCGAGGAAGAGGAGGAUGACGCAGAGGUCUCUGGGGAUUUUGGCAGUGGGAUGGAAGGUGGACAGCAGCCCUCAGGCAAGGUUGAGGGUGUCCCAGGGCUGCUGGAUGCUGUCCCCGUGACCUCCCCCCCUGUGGUGGGGGGCAGUGGCCCGAGGAGUGGCGGGGGAUCCCCGCAGCAAGCCGAGAGGACCAGAGCGGAGGAGACGCUGCGGGUCUCCAUGGGAGGCGCCGGUCGGAAAGGCGAAAAGGGGGAGAAGGGGGAACGUGGCUUGAAAGGGGACUCAGGGACCAGUGGCAUUGUAGGGCCAGGCAGUGUCAAGGGUCAAAAGGGGGAGAAAGGAGACCUGGGUGUCAAGGGCAGUGCUGGAUUUGGCUAUCCUGGCUCUAAGGGCCAAAAAGGAGAACCAGGUGACCCUGGACUGCCCGGGACCCUCUCUCGGCAUGCUGAUGGCUCGUUGGUGGAGCAGGUCACUGGCCCUCCAGGGACACCAGGGAAGGACGGAGCCCCUGGCAGGGAUGGCGAGCCUGGAGAUCCUGGAGAGGACGGCAAGCCCGGUGAAAUGGGGCCCCCAGGGUUCCCUGGGAUGCCGGGGGAGCCGGGCCUGAAGGGGGAGAAGGGUGACCCAGGUGUGGGGCCGAGGGGACCCCCUGGACCACCUGGCCCUCCGGGACCACCGGGACCCUCCUCCAAGAACGACAAGCUGACCUUCAUCGACAUGGAGGGCUCUGGCUUCGCUGGUGACCUGGAGAGCCUGCGGGGUCCACAAGGGCCACCUGGUCCCCCAGGGCCACCUGGCGUGCCCGGUUUGCCAGGGGAGCCAGGACGGUUUGGGAUGAACCGCACAGACCUGCCGGGACCACCUGGGCUCCCGGGCAGGGACGGGAUCCCCGGGCCAAUGGGUCCUCAGGGUCCUCCAGGAAGAGAUGGGGAGGCUGGGCAGCCGGGGCCCAAAGGAGAGCAGGGCGAUAUGGGUGACCUUGGCCUCCCUGGCCUACCAGGACCCAAGGGCAACAAAGGAGAAAUGGGACCAGCAGGACCCCCAGGAGAAAUGGGCUUAGCUGGCCUUCCCGGGCCCAUCGGACCCCGAGGGCAGCCAGGGCCCCCCGGCCCCCCGGGACCACCGGGGCUGGGCUACGAGGCUGGAUUUGAUGACAUGGAGGGCUCGGGGCUGUCAUUUACCCCUGGACCACCAGGGCCUGAAGGACCACAGGGUGUGCCGGGACUGCCGGGGGUGAAGGGAGAGGUCGGCAGCCCCGGAGAGCCUGGCUUGCCGGGACCAAAGGGAGAUGCUGGCAUUCCUGGCAUGGAUGGCCGCCCUGGCCUGGAGGGCUUCCCUGGACCACAGGGACCCAAAGGUGACAAAGGCAGCACCGGUGAGAAGGGAGAGCGAGGCCAAGAUGGAGUGGGGCUACCUGGCCCCCCUGGCCCACCUGGUCCCCCUGGACAGGUUAUCAGUGUCUCCAGUGAAGAUAAGUCCUUGAUGGCUUUUCCUGGUCCAGAGGGCAGACCAGGCCGCGCUGGCUUCCCGGGUUCAGUGGGACCAAAAGGAGACCAGGGGUCAACUGGUCCCCAGGGUGCCCCAGGGUUGAAGGGGGAGAAGGGGGAGCCCGGCGUCAUCAUCAGCCCCGAUGGGACUGUGGUCACUGCCAAGGUGAAAGGAGAAAAGGGGGAGCCAGGGCUGCAGGGCCCCAUGGGACCAUCGGGUCCUCCAGGACGAGCAGGGAUGAAGGGAGAGAUCGGCUUUCCAGGCAGACCCGGACGUCCUGGCAUGAACGGGCUGAAGGGCGAGAAGGGUGAUCCUGCAGACGCGCUGGGCUUGCGGGGUCCCCCAGGCCCCCCAGGACCCCCUGGGCCCCCUGGGCCACCUGGCAGCAUAGUCUACAACAAUGGUAAUACCUUCAGUGACUCCAGCCACCCGGGGUUCCCUGGUUUCCACCAGUUCUCAGGACAAAAGGGAGAGAAAGGUGACACUGGACCCCCAGGACCCCCAGGCCAGUUCCCCUAUGAUGUGAGUCACUUUGGUACCAGCCUGCGGGGUGACAAGGGGGAUGCAGGUCCCAAGGGUGAGAAGGGCGAGCCAGGCAGCACCCCACUCUACAGUCCCGGAGUCUCUGGACUUCCAGGGCCUCCAGGGCCCCAGGGAUACCCCGGGCUGCCAGGUCCCAAGGGGGACAGUAUUGUUGGGCCACCGGGGCCUCCAGGACCUCAGGGUCCCCCUGGUAUCGGAUACGAGGGGCGGCAGGGCCCCCCUGGCCCUCCUGGUCCGCCUGGGCCACCCUCCUUCCCAGGUCCCCACAGACAAGCUGUCAGCAUCCCUGGACCCCCAGGACCACCAGGACCCCCUGGACCACCAGGCACCAAUGGGAUGUCCUUGGGGCUCCAGGCCAUGCCCACGUACCAGGCGAUGCUGAGUGCUGCACACGAGCUGCCCGAGGGCAGCCUCGUCUUCCUGACGGACCGGCAGGAACUCUACGUCCGCCUGCGUGGGGGCCUCCGCAGGGUGCUGCUGGAGGAGCACAACCUGAUCCCCAGUUCGGCUCUGGACAACGAGGUGUAUGACAAGCCACCCACUCUCCACUACGCUGGCCCCCAGCCCCGCGGGCCCCUGCACCCACUCCGCAACCACGUCCCCUCAGCCACUGCCCGUCCCUGGCGUGGGGAUGAGGUGGUGGCCAACCAGCACCGCCUGCCCGAGCAGCCCCUGCUCCACCACCAGCACGAGCUCAUCAAUGGGUACUACAUCCACCGCCGGCCAGAUCCUGCCCCUGUGGCCGCCCAUGUGCACCAGGACUUCCAGCCUGCUCUGCACCUGGUGGCCCUGAACACCCCGCUGAGCGGUGGCAUGCGCGGCAUCCGGGGCGCCGAUUUCCAGUGCUUCCAGCAAGCCCGUCAGGUUGGGCUGGCUGGCACCUUCCGCGCCUUCCUGUCCUCGCGCCUGCAGGAUCUCUACAGCAUCGUGCGCAGGGCUGACCGUGCCACCGUCCCCAUUGUCAACCUCCGGGAUGAAGUGCUCUUCAAUAACUGGGAAGCCCUUUUCACGGGCAGCGGGGCCCCGCUGAGAACCGGCGCCCGCAUCCUCUCCUUUGAUGGCCGGGAUGUCCUGCGGGAUGCGGGAUGGCCACAGAAGAGUGUCUGGCAUGGCUCGGAUGCCAAGGGUCGGCGCCUGCCCGAGAGCUACUGUGAGACAUGGCGGACAGAGGAGCGUGCAGUCACCGGCCAGGCUUCCUCCUUGGCCUCUGGAAAACUGCUGGAGCAGGCAGCCAGCAGCUGCCAGCACGCCUUUGUCGUCCUCUGCAUUGAGAACAGCUUCAUGACUGCCACCAAAAAGUGAUACCUGCCCUGGCACCCCCGAGUACCCCCAUGUCCCUGGGGAGGGUUGGGCAAGCCUGCACCCCACCGCCCCUGGGCCCCUCAGCCCCCUCCACACGCCCAUUCUCGCCCCGCAGGGUUUCUUUCUCCUGCAGACCUGAAGCCAAAGAGUAUUGCCAUGGCCCCUGCCCUGGGUUGGCAGGGGCUCAGGUCCCACCCGGGGCAGGGCAGCCAUGGGCUGGUGGCCUUCCUCUUCCUCCUCUUCUAACUCCUAAUAUUUAACCACUUCAGCUUGUUCCCCUCCCUGCUCGGAUGCUCUUCUUGGGAUGACUGGGUGGGAGGAUGCUCGGCAGGGAGAUUUCAGUGCUGCCAUGAGGGCUGUUGCCCGCAAAAGCCUGUGGGGCCUCUCUCACCAGCCCCCUGGCCCUGCCCUGUCCUCACCAGGAGCUUGGGGUUGGACCCAAAUCCCUGCUGCUGAGGCCACAGGGUCUUCUCCAGCCAAGACACCAGCAUCCCACCCAAGGGACUCUCCUGUGGUGAUGCUGGGGCUCUCCCAGAUGGUCUCCGUCCUGCCCAGGUAAGGACCAUCCCAUCACCAUUCUCACCUCCACCUCCCAGCCAGCAGAGCUCUGGUGGGAGUCUGGUCUCCCCCAUCCCAUCCAUGCACCCUGGGGACCCCCGGCUGUGGCCCCACAGCCCAGGUACAGCUACAGCCAGCCCAGCACAGGUACUGGGGUGACAGGGUGGCCCCAAGACGUGGCCAGCUGUGCCCUGGCACGUGUUUCUCUGUGUGCGUGUGUGUUGAGCAUGUGUGGUACUGAGGG